AUGGUAGCUGGUGAUGAGGAGAGCUACGAGGUCUUCAAAGAGCUAUUCGAUCCUGUCAUCGACCAACGCCAUGGUGGUUACCCUCCUGAUGCCAAGCACCCCACUGAUCUAGACUAUACCAAACUCCUCGAUACUCCAAUUGAUCCUUCUCAAAACUACGUCAUAUCCACUAGAGUGAGGACGGGUCGCAGUGUGCGUGGAAUUAGACUUCCACCAUCUUGCACCAAAGAAGAGAGGAGAGAGGUCGAGAGAGUCUUAACUAAGGCACUGAAAGCCUUGGGUGGAGACCUGGCUGGUGACUACUAUCCGCUUGCUGGCUCGGAUAGCUAUCCUGAGAAGCCUGGGGGAAUGAGCGCCGCUGAGGAGCAUCAAAUGCGUGAAGAUCACUUCCUCUUCCAAGAGCCUGACUCUACUCUUUUACUGUCGUCUGGUAUGGGCCGACACUGGCCGGAUGCUCGUGGUAUCUUUGCCAACGAUCAGAAGAACUUCCUAGUUUGGGUGAAUGAAGAAGACCACAUGAGAAUUAUAUCCAUGCAGAAGGGUGCCGACAUUAAGACUGUUUUCACUCGAUUCUGUGAUGCAGUUAACAAAGUACAGGAGGUUGUUAAGCAAGAAGGCUACGACUUCAUGCAUAAUGACCAUCUCGGUUACGUCCUCACAUGUCCAAGCAACCUUGGCACUGGUCUUCGUGCAUCUGUCAUGGUGAAGGUUCCACUACUCUCAGCUAGGCCCGACUUCAAGGAUAUCUGUAAAUCCUUGCACCUUCAAGCUCGUGGUGGUGCUGGAGUUGACAGCGCCAGUGUUGGUGGUAUCUGGGACAUCUCCAAUAGUGAUAGAAUUGGCAAGUCUGAGGUCGAGCUCGUGAACAUCAUGAUCUCGGG